AUGUCUUUGAUUACACUCAUUUCCAUCAUAGUCUUGAUAGUUACUUGGUUCAUUAAAUGGACAAGUGUUCGAAAAGAUCUUCCACCGGGGCCAUGGGGGCUCCCCUUGAUCGGCCACCUCCAUCACUUGAUCCAUCUUCCUCAUCAAUCUCUCCACCAUUUGUCUCGCAAAUACGGUCCCGUGAUGAGCAUCAAGCUGGGAAACAAGACCGCCAUCGUCGUCUCCUCCAAGCAAGCCGCCAAGGAAGUCCUCACCUCUUUCGAUAAGGUGUUCGCUUCAAGGCCGUGCUUGAUCUCUCCCGAGUCCUUGUGCUAUGGAUCGCGCGACAUCGCGUGCUGCGAGUAUGGCCCCUACUGGAGGCAAAUGAAGAAGCUGUGCAUGACACACCUCUUCACUGCCAAGCGGCUGGAGGAUUUCCGGAGCAUCCGGCUGGAAGAAACGCUCGAACUCUUGCGUGACAUCGCCUCGAAUCAAGCAAGGCCUGUGGACAUGAAGUCAAAGCUCUCCAUGCUCACGUUUAACGUCAUCACGCGCAUGACGUUUACCAAGAGGUUCUACGAUCGCUGGUCCGCGGCGAGCGAUCCCAGGUUCGUGGAGGUGAUCCUCGAGGCUGUGAGCUUGAUGGGGGCCGUGAACAUCGGCGACUACAUCCCCUGGCUGUCAUGGCUAGACCUCGGGGGCUAUCACAAGCGGCUCGAGAAAACGAGCAAGGAGAUUGACGAAGUUCUACAAAGGUUGAUUGAUCAACAUCGCGAGGCAGCGCUGCCACUCCGCGACGAUCCUGGCGAUUUGAUCCACACUUUCUUGUCGCUGGGAGUAGACGACAAGUCCAUGAAAGGCGUGAUCCUUGAUAUCCUAGCGGGAGGAACGGACACCACGGCAGUGACUACGGAGUGGGCGCUCUCGGAGCUGAUAAGAAAUCCGGGAACUCUUCAAGAGCUGCGACAAGAGAUCCAAAACAUUGUGGGCGAUGAGCGACUGGUGGAAGAAUCCGACCUUCAAAAGCUCCACUAUCUCAGGGCAGUCAUCAAGGAGACAUUUCGCUUGCAUCCCGCGGCUCCUUUGAUGGCACCCCACGAAUCAAUCGACGACUGCGAGCUUCAGGGAUACAAGAUCCCCAGGAAGACCUGGCUCAUGGUGAAUCUCUGGUCUCUCGGGCGGGAUCCACGCUCGUGGGAAUCUCCAGAGGCUUUCAAGCCGGAGAGGUUUCUUGGAAGUUCGAUCGAUGUCAAAGGCAAUGACUUCGAGCUGAUUCCUUUCGGAUCCGGGAGGCGAAUUUGCGCGGGAAUGUCACUGGCCUUGAUCAUGGUCGGGCUCACUCUUGCUCGCCUCGUCCAAGCCUUUGAUUGGAGCCUUCCAGGGAAUGAAGAGAUGAACAUGGAAGAAAGCCAAGGCGUGAUCAUGCGCAGGAGGAAACCUCUAGUAGUAAGUGCAAAAUGGAGGCUUAAUAUGCAAUCUUAA